AUGAAACUAUUCAUCACAUUGUCCGCCCUAUUGGCCGUUGCCGUAGCCAUCGACUAUCACCAAGUAGAGCAUAAGCACAUCCCGAUUGUUCACAGUGAGUCGUACCAUGGACAUGACGGAAGCUUUAAGCAUGGUUACGAAUCGGCCAACGGAAUCUCCGUUCAGGAACAGGGCUACAUUAAGAACUCAGGAGCUGGUAAGGAUCACGAAUCUAGCGUUGUGCACGGAUCGUACUCGUACGUCGACCCACAUGGUGUACCAGUAUCCGUAAGCUACACGGCUGAUGAACACGGAUUCCAUGCCGAAGGAUCCCAUAUCCCAACACCACCACCACUGCCCAAGGCUUUAGUCGAAGCUUACGCUAAAGCUGGUAGCCACCCGGAAAGCCACAGUGAAGUACAGUACAGCAAGCCAGAGGCCUACAAACACUACUAAGAGCGAACAGAUCACGGCUUCUAAGUGCACAUAGU